AUGGCAGGCGGAGACCACACCGAGGGCACAAACACACCUGAGCCUGCGGAAAAGGGCUUCGCCACCCUGAAUCAGUUACAGAUUGGCGUGAAGGCUUUUGUCGAAAAGAAUGGAGAACCCAGAAAGGCAGAGGUCCUGUCGAUCAAGCAGCGGAAUUCGGCGUUGACAUUCUACGUCCACUAUGUCGAAUUCAAUAAGCGUCUCGACGAAUGGGUCACGGCCGACCGCAUCGACCUCUCGCAGGAAGUCGAGUGGCCUGUUCCCGAAAAGCCCGAGAAGAAGAAAACAACCGUCACGACAAAGGGCCCGCCGUCCAAAGCCGCCGCCGCAGCCAAAUCCAUAACCACAAAGGUCGCAGGUCGGGCGAGGACAGAGUCUCGCGCCGGCUCCGCGACGCCGGACCUGCUCAGCAGUAAAGCCGGGAAUGAUAGGAAACGACCUGUCCCUUCAAAGGCCGGUGGCAAGGAGAAUCGAGAGGAAGGGCUCGCUCCAGAUGGCGAUGCCUCGCUCAUGGCCACCCAAGAAGGCACGCCCUUGCCCAUCCUCGGUCCUGACGAAGGCACGCAAGACAUUGACAUGCCGGACGUGACGAAGACAGAAGAAAAGGUAGCGCCGAUAAUGGAACCGGAGGAAGAAAUCGAGAAGCUCCGCACGGGAGGCUCGAUGGUCCAGCACCAUGCGCAACUCCACUUGGUCCGCAACCUGGAUAAGAUUCAAAUGGGCAAGCACAUCAUUGAGCCGUGGUAUUUUUCGCCUUAUCCGCAGGAGUUUGGCGAUGUCGAUCUCGUCUAUGUCGAUGAGUUCUGCUUGUCGUAUUUCUCAUCGAAAAAGGCCUUCGAGAGACACCGCACCAAGUGCGAAUUGCGGCAUCCGCCUGGCAACGAGAUCUAUCGGGAUGACUUUGUGAGCUUCUUCGAGGUCGACGGACGGAGACAGCGGACCUGGUGUCGGAAUCUGUGUCUGUUGUCCAAGCUGUUCUUGGAUCACAAGACACUGUAUUACGACGUCGACCCGUUUUUGUUCUACUGCAUGGUGACUCGCUCGGAGCAUGGCUGUCAUCUCGUUGGAUACUUUAGCAAGGAGAAAGAAUCAGCGGAGGGAUACAAUGUCGCUUGUAUUCUGACCUUGCCGCAAUAUCAGCGACAGGGAUUAGGAAGGUUGCUAAUUGCCUUCUCGUACGAGUUGAGCAAGCGAGAGGGUAAGCUCGGUUCGCCUGAAAAGCCACUUUCUGAUCUCGGCCUGCUGGGAUAUCGGCAGUACUGGAAGGAGGUACUCAUUGAGUUGCUCUCGGAUCCAGCUCGACUGCCUCCGCCAGGCUCUGCCUCUCACACGCCAACUUCAGAGCACCUCCAUCCUCAUUCAUCCUUGGGAUUCAACGGGCCAAACUCUCAGUACUCGACAAGCAUCGCAGAGAUAGCGAGUCUGACGUCAAUGACCGAGAAGGAUGUACAUGAACAACUAGAGGUGCUGAAGUUGCUGCGAUAUCACAAGGGUGCGUGGAUCAUCGUCGUCCGCGACGAGCUGCUAGAGUGGCAGGAGCAGCGGCGCCAGAAGGAGAAGAUCAAGGGUGCCAGAAAGAUCGACCCGAGUAGGCUGAAUUGGAAGCCGCCUGUUUUCACCGCCAGCAGUCGGACCUGGAAUUGGUGA